UAAGGCAAGGGUUGGGCUAGAGUCGUCAGUAGCGGAGUGGCUGACUGGAGGAUCACAACUCUGUCCGUACAAGACCACCAUGCGUCUCCUUCACCUCCUGGCUCUUGUUCUCAUGGUUCUAAUGGCCGCCGUCCCGUCCCAAGCUUUUUAUCCCCGCCCUUACCGUCCGCCAUACCUCCCAGAUCCUAGACCAUUCCCCAGGCCCUUGCCUGCUUUCGGGCAUGAAUUUCGACGACACUAAUUCAGGCACGGCGCCCUCCCCGCUCCUGACUGAUCUUCGUUGCCACCCACACCACCGCCUCAAUCUUCUUCCGAAGGUCAAUUUCCAUGCGUCAUCGACUAGUCAAGUUUCAAUGCGGUCCAGCGGCAGACAUUUAGAAGUCAAUUUCCAACAGUAUGACGUCCAUUUCCACCAGCUCGAGAUAGUCCUUCACUGCCAGCUCGAGGUCAACCUUUACUACCAACCACUAACUAUAGACUGGCUGUCCGAGCAGCCAAGUAAGCUAAACUCCCGUUUAGGAAUACCCUUGAUGACAUCCUUUGAUGAUCUGCGCUGACGUCUUCAACCAUUCUGUUUCUUCACUACUUUGACAAUUACCAUUAAAAUCCACACAUGUUGUUAUCAUGUCCUAGUUUUGUUCCGGGCUUAUUCAUACAAGGGCACCAUGCCGGGACUGCAUGCUCAGAAUAGUUUUUGUAUGUUUGUAUAUAUGUACACUCACCUAGUUGUGACAGUGGUUGUAAGACUUUUUUAAGAAUUUGUUGCCACAUUUGUAUCACUUGCUAUUUAUCUAAAUUUACAUGAGGGCCAACACCUAGUGGCCACGACGGGGAUAGAAAGCCGGAGGCUUGUCAAAGGUCCCCCCAUUGUUCUUGAGGAUUUUGUUCAGUUGGAGCUAAAAUGGCACCUUUAUAACCUUUGACUCCCUUACAUGACUCAAGAUAUCGAGCUAGGAGGCUUGUUAUCUAGCCAAGCAUAUCGCAACAUAUCAUUAAGAUAUAUUUUCCUUGUGUCUCUCCUGCGACAUCUGUCCAGAGACAGACGAGAGCAUCCCUGUAAUCUCAAUACAUAAACUGUAUCUUAAAUAAAGUAUAAUCAUACA